ACCCGCUCCGCACCGCGGGCCUGCCCUCAGGCCCCCGCGGACUCAGCGCCGCAGCCCAGAGGCUCGCGCCCUCCGGUCGCUCCGGGGCCCGCCCGCCGCGUCCCCUGGGCAACCGUCUCCAGGGAGACCGGGCCCCGCCCCCGGCACCGACACCCGACAGAUAAGGAGCUCAGAGUCAGGCAAGGGCGGAAUGACUCUCAUUGAUCCCAAAGCAUCUUUAACCUGCCUGGCAGAGGGACCUUUGCUGCUGGUCUUUCUGGGACCAUUCCAGAGAGGACGAUUGGUAUCCGAGAAUUAAAAGAGCAGGAUGCCCCCCGGGGUUGACUGCCCCAUGGAAUUCUGGACCAAGGAGGAGAAUCAGAGCGUGGUCGUUGAUUUCUUGCUGCCCACGGGGGUCUAUCUGAACUUCCCUGUGUCCCGAAAUGCCAACCUCAGCACCAUCAAGAAGGCGUUGUGGCGCCGAGCCCAGUAUGAGCCGCUCUUCCACAUGCUCAGCGACCCCGAGGCCUACGUGUUCACCUGCGUCAACCAGACCGCGGAGCAGCAAGAGCUGGAGGACGAGCAGCGGCGGCUGUGCGACAUCCAGCCCUUCCUGCCCGUCCUGCGCCUCGUGGCCCGCGAGGGUGACCGGGUGAAGAAGCUCAUCAACUCGCAGAUCAGCUUGCUCAUCGGCAAAGGCCUCCACGAGUUUGACUCUUUGCAAGACCCAGAGGUGAAUGACUUCCGAGCCAAGAUGCGCCAGUUCUGCGAGGAGGCGGCGGCGCACCGACAGCAGCUGGGCUGGGAGGCCUGGCUGCAGUACAGCUUCCCCCUGCAGCUGGAGCCCUCCGCGCGGAGCUGGGGGCCGGGCACCCUGCGCGUCCCCAGCCGGGCCCUGCUCGUCAACGUCAAGUUCGAGGGCAGCGAGGAGAGCUUCACCUUCCAGGUGUCCACCAAGGAUGUGCCCCUGGCGCUGAUGGCCUGCGCGCUCCGGAAGAAGGCCACGGUGUUCCGGCAGCCGCUGGUGGAGCAGCCCGAGGACUACACACUGCAGGUGAACGGGAAGCACGAGUACCUGUACGGCAGCUACCCCCUCUGCCAGUUCCAGUACAUCUGCAGCUGCCUGCACAGCGGGCUGACCCCCCACCUGACCAUGGUGCACUCCUCUUCCAUCCUCGCCAUGCGGGACGAGCAGAGCAACCCCGCCCCCCAAGUCCAAAAGCCCCGCGCCAAACCGCCCCCCAUUCCUCUGAAGAAGCCCACCUCGGUGUCCCUGUGGUCCCUGGAGCAGCCUUUCUGUAUCGAGCUGAUCCAGGGCAGCAAAGUGAAUGCUGAUGAGCGGAUGAAGCUGGUGGUGCAGGCCGGCCUCUUCCACGGCAACGAGACGCUGUGCAAGACGGUGUCCAGCUCGGAGGUGAGCGUGUGCUCGGAGCCUGUGUGGAAGCAGCGGCUGGAGUUCGACAUCAACAUCUGCGACCUACCGCGCAUGGCCCGCCUCUGCUUCGCGCUCUACGCCGUGAUCGAGAAGGCCAAGAAGGCGCGCUCCACCAAGAAGAAGUCCAAGAAGGCGGACUGCCCCAUCGCCUGGGCCAACCUCAUGCUGUUUGAUUACAAGGACCAGCUCAAGACCGGCGAGCGCUGCCUCUACAUGUGGCCCUCCGUCCCAGACGAGAAAGGGGAGCUACUGAACCCCUGUGGGACCGUGCAGAGCAACCCCAACACUGAGAGCGCGGCCGCCCUGGUCAUCUUUCUCCCUGAGGCGGCCCCCCACCCCGUAUACUACCCCGCCCUGGACAAGAUCCUAGAGCUGGGGCGGCAUGGGGAGCACGGGCGCUUCACGGAGGAGGAGCAGCUGCAGCUGCGGGAGGUCCUGGAGCGCCGGGCGUCUGGGGAGCUGUACGAGCACGAGAAGGACCUGGUGUGGAAGAUGCGGCACGAGGUCCAGGAGCACUUCCCCGAGGCGCUGGCCCGGUUGCUGCUGGUCACCAAGUGGAACAAGCACGAGGACGUGGCCCAGAUGCUCUACCUGCUGUGCUCCUGGCCCGAGCUGCCCGUCCUGAGCGCCCUGGAGCUGCUGGACUUCAGCUUCCCCGACCGCCACGUGGGCUCCUUUGCCAUCAAGUCCCUGCGGAAACUGACGGACGACGAGCUUUUCCAGUACCUGCUGCAGCUGGUGCAGGUGCUCAAGUACGAGUCCUACCUCGACUGCGAGCUGACCAAAUUCCUGCUGGACCGGGCCCUGGCCAAUCGCAAGAUCGGCCACUUCCUCUUCUGGCACCUGCGCUCCGAGAUGCACGUACCCUCGGUGGCCCUGCGCUUCGGCCUCAUCAUGGAGGCGUACUGCAGGGGCAGCACCCAUCACAUGAAGGUGCUGAUGAAGCAGGGGGAAGCGCUGAGCAAGCUGAAGGCCCUGAACGACGUCGUCAAAGUGAGCUCGCAGAAGACCACCAAGCCCCAGACCAAGGAGAUGAUGCACCUGUACAUGCGCCAGGAGACCUACCUGGAGGCCCUCUCCCACCUGCAGUCCCCGCUCGACCCCUGCACCCUGCUGGCUGAAGUCUGCGUGGAGCAGUGCACCUUCAUGGACUCCAAGAUGAAGCCCCUUUGGGUCGUGUACAGCAAUGAGGAGGCGGGCAGCGAUGGCACCGUGGGCAUCAUCUUUAAGAACGGGGACGACCUCCGCCAGGACAUGCUGACCCUGCAGAUGAUCCAGCUGAUGGACGUUCUGUGGAAGCAGGAGGGCUUGGACCUGAGGAUGACCCCUUACGGCUGCCUCUCCACUGGGGACCACACAGGCCUCAUCGAGGUGGUGCUUCACUCAGACACCAUUGCCAACAUCCAGCUGAACAAGAGCAACAUGGCGGCCACGGCUGCCUUCAACAAGGAUGCUCUGCUCAACUGGCUCAAGUCCAAGAACCCUGGGGACGCCCUGGAUCGAGCCAUUGAGGAAUUCACCCUCUCCUGCGCUGGCUACUGUGUGGCCACGUACGUGCUGGGCAUCGGUGACCGGCACAGCGACAACAUCAUGAUCCGAGAGAACGGGCAGCUGUUCCACAUUGAUUUCGGCCACUUUCUGGGGAAUUUCAAGACCAAGUUUGGAAUCAACCGUGAGCGCGUCCCGUUCAUCCUCACCUAUGACUUUGUCCACGUGAUCCAGCAGGGGAAGACGAAUAAUAGUGAGAAAUUUGAAAGGUUCCGGGGCUACUGUGAAAGGGCCUACACCAUCCUGCGGCGCCACGGGCUGCUCUUUCUCCACCUCUUUGCCUUGAUGCGGGCGGCAGGCCUGCCUGAGCUCAGCUGCUCCAAAGACAUCCAGUACCUCAAGGAUUCUCUGGCAUUGGGGAAGACGGAGGAGGAGGCUCUAAAGCACUUCCGGGUGAAGUUUAACGAAGCCCUCCGGGAGAGCUGGAAAACCAAAGUGAACUGGCUGGCCCACAACGUGUCCAAAGAUAACAGGCAAUAGCAGCCCGUCCGAGCCCUGGGCCUGAAGACAACCGAGCUGUCAGUCUUGGGAGCCGGGCACCCUCGGCCACCCUCCAGGGCCUGAAAGGCUGGACGGCAUCCUUGGGAAGGAACCUACACGACUGCCUUUUGUUUACACUGGUUAAUUUAUUUAUGACUUGAAACGUUUCGGGAACUAAACAGCCAUACAUGGAAAUGCACCCGAAUGUGGGGAGGGGCGCCGUCCUCCCGCUUCCCCAUCCGAGCCCUGGGCUUUGAUGGGAAGACACUGUGAACCUGGCACCUCGAGGCCACAUCUCGCCGAGGAUCUGUGACCUCGAGUCUUCCAGCUGCUGGGUCUGGAGCCGGCAGAGACGAUUCUCCCGUGCGGGAGCUGCCUCCUCCCCCGGCUCCCACCGUGCUGCACCGGUCUUGGUGCCUGGCAGUGACCCGGUGCCUGCUGUCCAGACAGGGCACCCACGCCUGUUCACCCCCUCCACCUGCGUGCCCUCCGUUGACUGAGUUCUGGGCAGCCCCCAGAGGAGGCCUGGGUACCCUCUAGAUUCAGGGAUGAUUGCUUUCCACUUUUAAAGCGACUCCUGGGUACGGGAAUUCUCCCAUCUCUGCUGUAAAGUGAUUCUGUUUGCGGGUGAGAAAAAAAAUAGCCAAACGACUUCAGUGAACCUCUAUGGCUCGGGAGAAAGGCCCCAGCGCCCAUCACGUAUGGCGCACGCUGGUCCUCAAGACACAUUAAAAAGGUCUGAGCUUGCUUCAGCUCAUCCUGGUCGUGGAUCAAGACGCAAGCAGGUGUGAGUGCUUUGUGCAGUUGUAUGUAACCUCCCUCCUCCUAAAGCAGGUUUUAGGUCAUGAAGGACCUGACAUCCUCUCCACAACGCUCACCUUUGAGAACCUGCUCCCAGUACCCAGGCAGCAGAAGCGUGAGAGUUAGGGGUGUGGUGGCAUCUUUUCCUCCGACGGUACUCGGCUUGAAAUGAUUCAGGCCCAGCCUUAGGUGCAUCUGAGGAGCUCGAGAAAUGCAGGUUCCCAGGCCUCCCUCAGCCUUCUGGAGCCAACUGUAGAGAUGGGGCUAAGAAUCCGGGCUUCUGGAAGCCCACAGGUGAGCUUCGUGUAUUAGCAGUCGACUCGGGACCCACAGGGGUGACACCCCACUUACCUCUCAAAAGGCUUUGCACAGCUCAGCAGAGCCAGAAGUAGCUGCCCUCUCAGCAGCCCAGGUACACGGCUUCCAGAAGAGUCCAGGUGCCAACUCUGCUUCUCGGUUCACGAGAGGUGGCCGAGAGGCACUGCCCACAGCAAUCCAUGCCACCCACAGAGCCCCACUGACCAGACUCUGGUUCCCAACUAAGUGCUGAAUUCAUCAGACCCACCCACAAGCCACCCACCCGUGUGGAAAUAGGAAAAGCCGAGUGUAUGUCUACUUGUUAUUUAUUUGAACGAGUCUGUGCUUCCUGGUGUGGGCAGCACACUGCAUAUACACAGCAAUAGCUGGUUGGGUGCAUGGCCUGUGUGCCUGAUGAGAAGAGUAUUUUCUAU